AGACGUUGCGGAUUCAAAAGUUCAAAAAGUAUACGAAACCAAGCAGAAGAGUCCACCCCUUUCUGUGCGCCACACCUUCGUCAACCAGAAUCUUCUAUUUCAUUCUCACAAAACCCUAGCCCUAAUCGUCUAGUGUCUACCCGCCAUCUUUUUGGGAAACCCUAAUUUCUCUCCAUCCUCCCUUCCCAACUCUGCCGCCAAGAGCUCUAUCCACUUCACGUGAUUCUUCCGUAAUCUGACGCCCGGAUAAGUCCAAAGAGGAUUGAGGAAUAGGCAUCCUUGGAAUAAGGAAAUGGAGAUCAAUGGAAAAGAUGAACUUAAGUUGCCUCUGUUGCAGCCUCUGGAUGGUGUUGUAGUUACUGCAUCUCAACCAAGUACCAUCAUAGACAAGAAAAUUAAGACGGUUAUGUUCAAAAUAGGGAAUAUAGCGUGUGCAUCUUGUGCAACAUCCAUAGAAUCUGUACUUCUUGAGCUUAAUGGGGUUGAGAGUGUUAUGGUGUCGGUGCUUCAAGGUCAGGCUGCUGUUAAAUACAUACCAGAACUCAUUACGGCAAAUGCAAUUAAAGAAGCCAUAAAAGAUGCAGGUUUUCCAGUUGAUGACCUGCCAGAACAAGAAAUAGCAGUGUGCCGUCUCAGAAUUAAAGGCAUGGCAUGUACCAGCUGUUCUGAAUCGGUUGAACAUGCUCUUUCAUUGGUUGAUGGAGUUAAAAAGGCUGUGGUGGGUCUAGCUCUUGAGGAAGCAAAGGUCCACUUUGAUCCAAGCAUCACUGACUUCAAUCACAUUGUUGAAGCAGUAGAGGAUGCUGGCUUUGGAGCUGAUGUCAUAAAUUCUGGGAAUGAUGUGAACAAAGUGCACUUGAAACUUGAGGGGAUCAGCUCUGAGGAAGACAUAAACAUAAUUCAAUCCUAUCUUGAAUCAGUAGAAGGAGUGAAUGAUGUAGAAAUGGACUUGGCAGAAAAUAAGGUAACUGUCAGCUAUGACCCUGACCUUACUGGUCCAAGGUCCCUCAUAUGUUGCAUUGAAAAAGCUGGACAGGGCUCCAAUUUUUACCAUGCAACCUUGUACAGCCCUCCAAGACAAAGAGAAACAGAACGUCAACAGGAAAUUUGGAUGUACAGAAACCAGUUUAUCUGGAGCUGUCUAUUUUCAAUUCCAGUAUUUAUUUUUGCCAUGGUACUUCCAAUGCUUCAUCCUUAUGGGAACUGGCUGGACUUCAAAGUUCAAAACAUGCUUACAGUUGGGAUGCUCUUAAGAUGGAUCCUUUGCACUCCGGUGCAAUUCAUCAUUGGUAGAAGAUUUUAUGUGGGUUCAUAUCAUGCAUUGAGACGAAGAUCUGCUAAUAUGGAAGUUCUUGUUGCACUGGGCACCAAUGCUGCUUAUUUUUACUCUGUUUAUAUAGUAAUAAAAGCAUUGACUACAGAUAUGUUUGAAGGAAACGAUUUCUUUGAGACUAGUGCAAUGUUGAUAUCCUUUAUUCUGCUAGGAAAAUAUUUGGAGGUUGUAGCUAAGGGGAAAACAUCAGAUGCCUUAGCAAAGCUGACAGACCUUGCUCCUGAUACGGCUCAUCUGAUAGCAUUGGAUGAUGAAGAUAAUGUAAUAUCAGAUAUCGAAAUUAGCACUCAAUUGAUACAAAGGAAUGACAUACUCAAGAUUGUUCCAGGGGAAAAAGUUCCUGUUGAUGGCAUUGUUGUAAACGGUCAAAGCCAUGUGAAUGAGAGCAUGAUCACUGGAGAAGCAAGGCCAAUUGCUAAGAAACCUGGCGAUAAGGUUAUUGGUGGGACUGUCAAUGAGAAUGGAUGCAUACUGGUUAAGGCUACUCAUGUUGGAUCAGAGACUGCGCUCUCCCAAAUUGUUCAACUAGUGGAAGCGGCUCAGCUUGCCAGAGCACCUGUUCAGAAAUUAGCUGACCAGAUUUCAAGGUUUUUUGUACCUACUGUUGUUGUAGUAGCAUUUAUAACAUGGGUGGCUUGGUUCACCCUAGGAGAACUUGGCAGCUACCCGAAACAUUGGAUGCCAAAAGGCAUGGAUGGAUUUGAGCUUGCACUGCAGUUUGCAAUUUCAGUGCUGGUGGUGGCUUGUCCAUGUGCUCUGGGACUAGCAACCCCUACAGCGGUUAUGGUGGCCACAGGGAAGGGUGCUUCGCUAGGUGUGCUCAUCAAGGGUGGAAAUGCACUUGAGAAGGCGCACAAGGUGAAAACAAUUGUCUUUGAUAAGACAGGGACGCUGACAGUAGGAAAACCAGUGGUUGUUAGUGCAGUGCUCUUUUCCAGUUUUUCGAUGGAGGAAUUCUGUGACAUGACUACUGCUGCAGAGGCAAAUAGUGAGCAUCCAUUAGCAAAAGCUGUAGUGGAGUAUGCUAAGAGACUGCGCCAGAAGUUUGGCCCUCAAACGGAACAAAUGACAGAUAUUAAGGAGUUUGAGGUGCACCCAGGAGCUGGGGUUAGCGGAAAAGUUGGUGACAAAUUAGUCUUGGUUGGGAACAAGAGGCUUAUGCAAGAUUCUAGUGUGCCAGUUAGUCCUGAGGUUGAGAACCACAUUGCAGAAACUGAGAAUCUGGCUCGCACGUGUGUGCUAGUGGCAAUUAAUGGAAAGGUUGCUGGAGCUUUUGCUGUGACUGAUCCAGUGAAGCCGGAGGCUGGGCGUGUAAUAUCUUUUCUCCACUCGAUGGACAUCUCAACUGUCAUGAUGACUGGUGAUAACUGGGCUACAGCAACCGCUAUAGCAAAGGAGGUUGGAAUUAAGGAGGUGUAUGCUGAGACAGACCCACUGGGGAAAGCCGAAAGGAUUAAAAAUUUACAGAUGAAAGGGAUGACCGUGGCAAUGGUGGGUGAUGGAAUAAACGAUUCCCCAGCUUUGGUUGCAGCUGAUGUUGGCAUGGCAAUUGGUGCAGGGACUGAUGUAGCUAUAGAAGCAGCUGACAUAGUUCUUAUCAAGAGCAACUUGGAAGACGUAAUCACAGCGUUAGACCUCUCCAGAAAGACAAUGUCAAGGAUCCGGCUGAACUAUGUUUGGGCCCUUGGCUACAAUGUGCUCGCCAUGCCAGUAGCCGCUGGAAUCCUGUUCCCCUUAGAUGGAAUCCGCAUACCACCUUGGCUUGCUGGUGCUUGCAUGGCUGCUUCAUCCGUGAGCGUGGUUUGCUCUUCUCUCCUGUUGCAGUCUUACAAGAAACCUUUGCAUGUUGAAGAUGCUCGAGAUGUAAGUCACAACUCGAAUUCCAAAUGAAACCAACCUCAUGUCAAUCCGCCUUCAGGAUGAAGACACAAGCACUUGUGGAUAAAUAAAUUCCUCUAUUCUUCUGCCAGAUGGGGCUAGAGGUGUGUCUCCAGAAUUUCUUACACUGCAUCUUAUCAAGAACUGUGAGCGCUUUACAUCUUCCAGGUUACUGAAAUAAAUAGUAUUACAAUCUAGCAACAUUGUUAACAUUGUAAACCUAACAAUGUUUCUUCCCAGUUUACAAUUUUGAAGAUCAUCAGAUUGUGAACUGAUUGAAACACCAUCUUUUUGAGGAAUAGAAACGUUAAUCCUCGUGAAGUUAUGUAUGGGAAACUUUUCAAAUUUAGAAUUACUUAUGAGGGAGGUGAAAUUUUGUUA